CAAGCUCAGCGACCCUGCGGUCCAACGUCCACCGUUCUGCUGGGCUGCUGAUUGGCUCUGGGGAGGAGGGUCUCGGGAGGUGGGGUUGGCAAGAUCCAGGUUACCUUUUCCAGCCUCACAGCAGAACCAGAGCUGGAGGAAGCGCCUGCAACGUCUGUGGCGGCAUGGCGGGAGCCCCGGACCAGAGCCAACCGGGCCCCGCAGCAGGGGAGCAGCUGCAGCAGCAACGCGUCUCGUGCCAAGUGUUCUCGGAGCGGCUGGCCCAGGGGAACCCCCAGCAAGGGUUCUUUUCCAGCUUCCUCACCCAUAACCAGAAGUGCCAGCUAAUGCUCCUGAAGACGGUGGAGACAAAUCCAUAUGUCAAACUUCUACUUGAUGCUAUGAAGCACUCGGGGUGUGCUGUAAACAAAGAAAGACACUUUUCUUGUGAAGAUUGUAAUGGAAAUGUCAGUGGAGGUUUUGAUGCUACAACAUCUCAGAUUGUUUUGUGCCAGAAUAACAUCCGUAACCAAGCCCACAUGAGCAGAGUGGUCACCCAUGAACUCAUUCAUGCAUUCGAUCACUGUCGUGCACAUGUCCACUGGUUCUCCAAUGUCAGGCAUUUGGCCUGCUCAGAGGUUCGAGCUGCUAAUCUUAGUGGGGACUGUUCACUUGUAAAUGAAAUAUUCAGGUUACGGUUUGGAUUAAAACAACACCAUCAGGCUUGUGUUCGAGACAGAGCAAUUCUUUCUAUCCUGGCAGUUAGGAAUAUCAGCAAAGAAGUGGCUGAGAAGGCUGUUGAUGAAGUUUUUGAAUCUUGUUUCAAUGACCAUGAACCUUUUGGAAGGAUCCCACAUAAUGAGACAUAUGCGAAAUAUGCUCAUAGAGACUUUCAAAACCGUAAUCGGUAUUACUCAAAUAUAUGAAUGACAUUUUAUGUUACAGAUUUUCAGUGAUCAUGAAGAAAAAAUAUGGUUCUCAAGCAAACAAAUGUAUAAAUUGUAAACGAUCAAUUAAAUACAGAUAAAGUACAGAAGACACCAACUUUAAUAUAUGAUCAGAGAAAGUGAGGCAAAAAAUGAAAUUGUUUUAAGGUACAAGGUAAAAUUACAUCGUUGGAGCUAAUCAUUUGGUAAUUAGGAUAAAUAAAUUACACUUUUGUAUUUUCUACUGUG